AUCCAUCAGACGAUUCGAUGCAGGGCUAAAAAUUGUGUUGUCCUCUUGCUAGUCUGUAUAUACUUGUACAUACCAACCAAAUAUAUUAAUGUUGCAUCAUGCCGUCCUCAUAUGAUACCCUUUCGUCUGUGCUUAUCAUCGGAAGCGGUGCUUUCGGCCUCUCCACCGCCUGGGCGCUCUGCAGAAAUCCUCAGUACAAAAACACUUCAAUUACCGUAGUAGACAGGAAUUCGUUCCCUUCCACGGACGGCUCGAGUGUCGACUCGUCACGCAUCAUCCGCCCCGAUUAUGCCGCCGCACCCUACGCCCGCCUCGCAAGUGUUGCACAGAAUCGCUGGCGCACCGACUUCGCCCCUGAACACUACCAUGAGACGGGCCUCUGCUUGACUGCAUGUGGCCCCGAGCAGAAGUAUGUGGGCGACUCGCUGGCCAACGUCCAGAAUAUCGGGACCGACAAGAUCGAAGUACUGGACUCUGCAAAAGACAUCGCAAGAGUGUGCGGACUGGAACGCACCCUCGAUGAUGCGUGCGGCAGCACAGGAUACGUGAACUGGAGCUCUGGCUGGGCCGAUGCGGAAGGCGCGAUGGUCUGGCUGCGGAAGGAAGUGAACAAGUUCAACCGCGUGAACUUCGUAGUCGCAUCGGUCAAGAGACUCCUCUUCGACUUCGACAGCAACACCGUCUCGGGCGCCACCCUGAGCGACGGUUCCGAACUCCGCGCAGAUCUCACCAUCUUAGCUGCAGGCGCCUGGUCCGCCUCCCUCAUCGACCUGCGCGGCAUCUGCAAGUCUACAGGACAAGUCCUCUGCUACAAGCCCAUCUCCGCGGAUGAAGAAGCCGCCCUUGCGAACCGGCCCACUAUUCUCAACCUCUCCAACGCACUCUUCAUGAUACCCCCGAGCAGAGGCAAAGUAAAGAUCGCCCGCCACGGCCACGGCUACCUCAACCCCACUACCAUCCCACACCCUGAGUCACAAGACCCCAAUGAAAAGAUCACCGUAUCGCUCCCCUACACACACGUCACAGACCCUAACCUGGUCAUACCCGCCGAAGGCCGCCGCGCCUGCAACGACUUCCUGGCCUCCAUUCACCCGUCUCUCGCCGUGCCCUCGCGCCCAUUCACGACCACGCGUCUAUGCUGGUACACCGAUACGCGUGACGGCGACUUCCUCAUCACGUACCACCCGAAGUAUAAAGGGCUCUUCAUCGCGACAGGUGGCAGUGGGCAUGGAUUCAAGUUCUUGCCUGUUAUUGGAGAUAGUAUCCUGGAAUGUGUGGAGGGAAGGACGCCUGAGGAGUUCAAGGAGAGAUGGCGGUGGCCUGAGGACCGGGUACCGGAGGAGGAGUGGGCGGGAGACGGGUCGCGGGGUGGGCCCGUCGGGAUGGUGCUGGAAGAGGAGUUUAGGAAGGGAGAGGCGAAGCUGUAGGGCGCGAGUGGAAGAGUGUUGCCAUGUACAUCUCAUGGUGGCGUUGGUAAUCUUGCAUAUAGAUUGCAGCGAGCGUACUUUUGGCGCCUUAUCCCAGUAGAAUAUAGAUGACUCAAGGUGCAUUUUAUGUCAAGCUUAUCUUCCUCUUCCC